UUUUUUUUUUUUGUUUUAAAAAAUAAUAAUUAAAGCUUUCCCAUUUACAGUGCAUUUGAAUUUUAGAAAAUUUGAUUUGGGUCUGCGGUGUUUUUGUUUCUUUUGUGUUUGUUGUCUUGCGUUGAAGAUACAUCAAAAAGAGGGAUCCAUUAUUUUCAUGCGGCCGCUCAAAAGGGGGUGUGGGGAAGGGUUUUGGAGAGUAGGGACCACUGAGAUCCAUUCUUUGGAUUAUUUCUUCCACAUCGUGAUUUACCUCAUCAUGUCCUAUAGAUUGGAGGAUUUUGGAAAGCUAAACCCUUUGCCUUCUUUCUUCUUCUUCUUUUUUUUUUUUUAAUUAAUUUUUUUGACGCAUUUUUGAAGACAUUGAGAUUUCACACUUAGGACCGAGUAUAAGCAAAUAAUCUCUCUCUCUUUAAUUUUCAGUUCCACCAAAAAAAAAAAAAAAAAAUUAAGGCAAAAGCAACCAUCUCCUCUCUGGAAGUGGAAAUGAACUUCGGAAGACUUUCCGAGGCCCUGAAUUCCAUGACUGUAAAAUGUGAUCGAGUAAUGGAUGCAGGUAAUAAGGAUUUAUGGUGCUUGUUUGUACACGGCUGUUGCUUCUAGUACCGGAAGACCAGGGUGUUUUGGCGACUGCAGAAUGUGUUUAAUGUGAUAAAAUCCAAAACCCAUGAUUUCAUGAUGUGUGACUCACCAAUUGUCCAAACUGUUGUGUUGAGCCAAAGCGAUUCCCUUUUUGAAUGUCCUCUUUCUGGUGAGACUUGUAAUUCAGAAAUCCAGCAUGCUUCUGGACAACAUCAGAGUGAUGAUUCAUCUGUAAAGGUGAGCUAUCUUGGAGAAGGUGCUACAAGACUUGAUUCAUACAUUAAUAGCAAUUAUGCUUGUCCCUACAGAUUCCAACUUGAACAGGACGUACAAAGAUUACAAGUGCAGCUGCAAAAAGAGAUGGAUCUGCAUGCCGUUUUGGAAAAUGCUAUUGGAAAUAGUGCUACUAAAUUAUCCAGUCCAUCAUGCCUCCCUCAAUAUGCUCAAGAGCUCUUAUCCAACAUUGCAGUGUUAGAGAUUACUGUUUCAAAACUUGAACAAGAGAUGGUAUCUUUGCAGUUUCAAUUGAGUCAAGAAAGAAAUGAACGAAGGCUGUCAGAAUAUCGUUUGAGGCAUUCAUCUUCUCAGACUACAUCACCUCGCUCUACUGAUGUUGUGAACUUUCCGCAUUCCAGUCCCCAACUGUGUCAAUCUUCUAAGCAAGACUCAUGCCAGGGGUUGAAAGCUCAACUAUCAGAACCUAGUGGUGAAUCAUCUUUGAUACUGUCAGCAGUAGAGACUGCAGUGGAUUCAGUUGCACUUUGCAAUGUUAUGAAAACAUCCGCAUCUUGUCAAGCUGCUGACUGCAGCAAGCUUUCUAAGGGAAUGCCACCUAAGGGCCUUUGGGAUCACCCCAACCAACUGUCAGAAGAAAUGGUUAGAUGUAUGAAGAAUAUAUUCAUGUCUUUGGCAGAUUCUGCUAUGCCAUCCAAAUCAGCUGCACUAGAGAGCCACUGUUCACCUUUGUCGCCACGUGGACAUCUGUCCAAUUCAUCUUGGUGGUCAUCAUCUGAACGUUCUAUGAUUUCUUCAUGGGUUCAGAGUCCACAGGUCGACGUACAAAGUAAUUCUGAAGUGUUGGCCCUAGAGAAUGCCUGUGAUCCCUAUAGAGUGCGUGGGAAAUUAAGUUGGGCAGACAUUGGAAACUAUGGAUUAGCAGCUGAAGUUUCUUGGAUGUCAGUUGGGAAGAAGCAAUUAGAAUACGCUGCAGUAGCACUGAGGAAGUUCAGUUAUAUUUUGAUGGUGAACAGAAUACUCGUCGAGCAACUUGCAAAAGUUAACCCUAUCCACUUGAACUGCAAUGAGCGGCUUGCUUUCUGGAUUAACUUGUAUAAUGCACUGAUCAUGCAUGCAUACUUGGCUUAUGGAGUCCCCAGAAGUGAUUUGAAGCUUUUCUCUUUGAUGCAAAAGGCAGCAUACACUGUUGGGGGGCAUUCUUUCACUGCAGCUGCUAUAGAGUAUGUAAUACUGAAGAUGAAACCACCAGUUCAUAGGCCACAAAUUGCAUUGCUUCUUGCCCUUCACAAGUUGAAGGUCUCAGAGGAGCAAAGGAAGUCUGCAAUUGAUAUACACGAACCACUCUUAGCUUUUGCUUUAAGCUGUGGAAUGUAUUCUUCACCAGCAGUAAGGAUCUAUACUGCCAAGAAUGUGAGAGAAGAGCUUCAAGAAGCACAGCGUGAUUUUAUUCGAGCUUCAGUUGGUGUUAGCAGCAAAGGGAGGUUGCUAGUACCAAAAAUGCUGCAUUGCUUUGCUAAAAGCUUUGUGGAUGAUGCAGACUUGGCUGUAUGGAUAUCACAUUACCUUCCAUCCCAUCAGGCUGCAUUUGUGGAACAAUGCAUAUCACAAAGGCGUCAAAGCCUUCUUGGCUCACGGAACUGUGGUAUCCUUCCUUUUGAUUCACGCUUUCGUUACCUAUUCCUGCCUGACAAAAUUCCUCUCUGAUAAAUGUUGUUGCUAGCUUUGUAACUGUAAAGAGCCUUGCCAUGGCCUGGGUCCGGGCAGGUCAAGAUGGAGCACAAAAUUUAUCUUGGUUCUAAAAUGAUGCUGUUAUGUUGGUCCCAAAAGUUGAUGAUGCUAAAGUUUUGGUUGUCCAACAUUGUAUUUUAGCCUCCUUGGAAGAAAUCGAGGAUGCUGGCAGUUUUGGUCCUUUUACCUUGUAGACCAGUUAUAUGUAUAAAUCCCUCAAGGGUGUUGUACAUUAUGUUAAUCGAUAACAGGAAUUUAGAAACAGUACUUAUAGCAAAUAAUGUGUAUUGGUUUCAUUAAUGAACGAAUGUUAAAUAAGAGUUGGAAAGUUGUCAUU